AUGGCUGCUUUUCUGCGACGACGGACGAAAGAAACCCAGACGAGCAAGUACGCCAGCGAAUUGCAAGGAACCGACACAAACGUUCCCAGCACCAUUUCCAACAACCACGAGUCUGCAGAACUCGCCGAGGAUCGGACACGCUACUUGCAGAAUCCGGCCAUACUCGAUACGCUUGACUCCGUUCAUCGGUCACUGCUGUUCAGUAAUCUCAAAUUUGAUACCGACGACACGUCUGGGCUGCAGAAGAAUACGGCACCAGACGGAAGAAGUAGGCAAAAACAGGAUUUUCUCGCACCAUCCGUAUCGACAGCAGCCACUCGAGAAACGCCUGCUUCACAACAGAUUGAUACGCUUCAGCCGCACUACUGGAAGGUAAAUAUUGCGGCAGCCUCAUCAGAUGAAAGAUUGACGAAGGAAGGAGAUGUGUCGCAAGUGGUGGAACGGAUAAAGGGUGUCACUCCGAAAGCUCCUGCUACCGACCGCGACGCCUCACUAAACGAUGAGCUGGAGGCGUUGUUCGGGAAGGAUUGGAACAAUAACCUUAACAGAAGAAACUCCAGUAGAGUCAAGAUGAUGGUGCAACAGUACGAACAUGGUGAGGUUGCGACCUCGCAUCCCAGCAGGCCAACACAUCAGACUGGUGAGACGAGACAGUACAUGGAAUCGCAUCCCGAUUCGCCUUCGGUUUGUGAUGUGGAAACGAGUGAUUUCGAAAGUGCUAGCGUAACGAGCGGAAGCAGCGUUUGUGGUAAUGGCGGAAGGCGAAGUGUCCGCACCAGUUCCGCAUUCAGCGAAGGCAGUCGGGAUAUGGUCAGCAUCGAUCGUUUUGAAUUAGAGGAAGCCAUGGCGAAAGAACUUGGCUUCCAAGAGCAACAGCAACAUCAUUCAGAGGAGUCGUCAGGCCACAACACGUUGAUUACCAUUAAUAUAAACUACCGAUGUGAUAAUAAUCCUCUAAGGAAUAGCAAAACAGAAGAACGUGCCGAAAAAUCUGUAGAUAUCGUCGUUUCGACACCACCGCAAGGGGUAGAUUUUCAGUCGAACACUGUAGCUGAACGGAAAUCAUUGAAAAACGAUAACCCCGGCCAGUUGGCAAUGGAGCGUCAAGUGCAUCGGUUGGAUGCACGAAACACCCACACCGCUGUUAAUAAGAGGGUUGACAAGGAGCUAAUGAAUCUCGGUAACGAGAAAGUUUUGUCAGUGGAAGGUGAUACGGAAAAUUACGAAAAUCACAUGGACGAAGGUGAAAAUAAAAAUAAGACUGAGCGCCGUUCGAAGGAUCAUCGCAGUUCAUUUACAAGCUCUAGAACUUGUCAAACGCCCGAAAUGGAGGAAUAUCAUGACUGCAAUGAUCUCCACGAGUCAACUCUAUCAUUUUACGAGCAAGCAACUUCACAGCCAGUUACUCCACAGGAAAAGAAAAAGCGCUCCUCCAGAGUGCACGAUUCGAGUGGAUCAACUGUGGAGAGCAUUGAGGAGUGCAACGAUGGCGAAAAGCCAAUGAUUCGAAUUGUGCAAGAGCUGACGGAAGAUCAUCGGGAAGUCACUUCAACCAUAACGCUGAAUAAAGCUCAAAUCACGGAGAUGCAGAAGAAGAACGGCGAGCGUCGUAGUGUUGAACCCGUCGUCGAGAAGGAAAAUAUCUAUUCCCCUGACGAGAAGACCAGUCCUACUGAAGAUUCUCAAAGAAGACGGAAAUCUCACUUUGCCUCCAGCAAGAAGCGUCACGUAAAAACGAAUCACCAGCGCCAACAGCGAAUAAUCGAUGACAAUUUUUGCAAUGAAAUUCUUGAUUCCACGAUCCACUUUGAUCGGCUCUACGGAAUAAAUCGUAUUCAGCGCCACAUGACGGAGGAAGAGACAGUAUCUUCGUCUUCUCCCAUUCCAGUAGCGGAAGAGUGCUUCAGCGAUUCUGUCAUAUGUGAUAUCGUCUCGCCUGGAGAAGAAUCGUUCGAUUCCGUUUUAUCGGUGGGAAAGCUCGAAGGUAAACCACGUUAUUCGGGUAAAACCAUGGGGCGGUUAAUGAUGAAGCGUCUGAAGAAACUACAUGGAGGAACGGAAAUACAAAAACCAUCAAAUGCGUCGGAUACAUCUACGAAUUCUUCUUUGUUGCAAACAAGCGGGCCGAAGAAACCUCCUCGUACUUUUGCGAAUUCACCGAAAAGAGAAUCACCGCUUCCAGUCCCAUCCUGUCCUGCCCGGAAGGAUAUAGAUGACAGCGAUCCAUCCGACAAAGGGAUCGGAUGGAAACGCGAAAUUCGAACCAAAACGCAUCGUGUCGGUUGGACAGUGCCAGCUGCAAAUGAUAAAAAUGCAUCGAUACCUGCAGAAGUGUACAGUAUGUUGCACUACUCAGAAGACGAAAGCCGAAAAAAACUGAUAAAGGUGGGAAACUCUAAACCUGCGCCACAACAAUCGAGCUCACAAGUGGCUAGUGAUAAGCGUGAACCACUCGGCCCGAAACUUGUCAUAGACACUGUCGAUGGACCACGAACACCUCGUCGUCAUUCGUCCUCGACGGAUUUUGAAAGGUUCGUGAGGGAUUCUAAUGUGAAAAGCACACCGCAUCGUAGAAGUGAUGUGAGCAACCGUGUCGGAAAUGGGACAAGGGCUGAUACUCGUCGUAUGAUCGAGCAGUUUCUUAGCGAUGAGCGUAGCCAUGGUCCGGAAGCGCUGCGUAAGCUGUCGGGACCGGAUCGUCGUCGUCGGACCACGGGAGGCAUCUUCGAGCGACGUAGACAGCAGCAGGAAAAUUUUUUAGACGAUGCCAGGCGUACCAACCAUGAACCGCGAAGACGGAAAAUAUCGAAAGCGGUUGUUCAUUCAACUCUGGCCGGCAACGAAUGUUGUCCCAAGGCGGUAGCUGUUAGCGGAACGACAUCCCGAACAAAUGGAAACGUGUCCAGUGGUGGGAAAAUUGAAAAACGACGCGCUUUCCGCAAGGUAUCGUUACUGAAACGUACACGUACGCUGUUCGAAGCUUCGAAGAAGAAGAUUUUUGCCAUUAAGAAAUUUGAAACACCCAAAAAGCUUAAUGCUGUAAGUACUGCAUCUCUAUGUGAGCCUCAAUGUAACGAUCCAAACAUUAAUCGUAAUAGUUCCAUGAAGAAAAAGAACAGCUUGCAUCACAAGCACCUGGGCUACACGCCGGUACAUUUGCGGUGCAAAUCAUGUCGCUCAGAGGUGGUUGAUAUCGAACGGGAAGACGAAAUUGUUCCAUUAAAUUUUCGCUCUGUAACAUCUAAACCCAAACCAAAAGGGCCAGCCGACAGUUCGGACGAAGAAAAUAAAGAAAACUAUAAUGGUUCAGCUGCUCAUAAUCAGGGCACUGAUAAACGGCGUCGAAGUGGUGAAGGAACAAAUCGUAAAUCGGUCCGCAGUCUCAACUUUGCUCAACUAAUGCCGCAAUCAAAACCAGUAGAGUCAUCCGAUGCUGAGAUAUCUCCAAGGAAGCAGUUGAACGAGAUCAAAUUUUUAAAGACGUUGCGUAAUCUUAAAAUAUCUCCGAAAAGGAUACUACGCUUUGCAUCGCAGUCUUCAACUGCUGGCAACGGCCAAAUCUCUCCAACUACUAGUAGUGGAGCUCAAAAGCAUGGCGAAUUUCAGUCAUAUGACGAUUUGAAUCUUGACAAUGUGGCGAACAUGGGAGAUUUUCUAAGCAAUAUAAGAUGUAAGAUUGAAGGGGAAGAAUUUAAUAAUCUCACGGUGAACCCAUCGCCAUCGAGUGUUGCGGUAGAUGUUCAUGGCGGGCAGGGGGAGCCUAUCUAUCAAGAAAUUUCUCCAAAAGGCAACAAAACGAUUUUGAAUGAGUUCAUUAGCUCAGAUACAAACAAGCGAUAUCUGAUGGUUAAUAAUAACCCAAACAUACUAUACGCCAUGGUGGAGAGCAAAUCAACACGCUGCCCAGCGCCCUUGGUUAAGGCUCGUUCACUUACAAGCAUCCACGGAACGUCGGGUAUUGUAGAUCCCACGGUCACAUCGACACCCGUUAGUAAACCACAAAAUAACACGUGUAAAAGUCAGACAAAACCAAGCAUCCGGCGGACUCUUCCCAAAGCAAUUGUAGGACGUGAAGAACAACCAAGCAGUCUGUAUAAUACUGCGCUAGCGGAAAACAGUCAUUGUAGUCAGGGGGCAUCUCAUGCUGGACAGUUUAGUGGUAGUUGUGGUGAUGGCGGAGGUGGUAGCGAUAGGGUUAGAGCAUCCUUUAACACUACCGAAAGUACCGCCGCCAGCACCACGCGACGCUCACUGUUCAGUCGAGAUUCUUCGCUUCGUUUGACGGGGCCAGAUCGUGUUAGGGAGACUACUGAUGACAGUGAUAUUUCGGUUUUACAGGAAGAAGAAAGUGGGGAAGACGAAGUCUCGCAACAAUCUCGACCGGAUACUGCGAUUGUCGAGGAACCAUUGAUCGUGCGGGAAUGGGUAGAAGAUCGUUUGAAUGCUCGUAAGGAAAGUGAACGUUUUCAACAAAAGCCACCAUCACCAGGAGUCGAUUGGGGAUUCAAAGGACCGUACAAGAACGAAAAGGAAUUAUUCGCCUUUGAACAGGACAUUAUCGUUGAGGAACGUGUUAUGGGAAACAGUAACCGGCACGGUGUUAGUUCUGAGGGAAGGCUCGAUCAUUUGAAGAACUCCCAAAAGUCAGUGCAGGCUCGAGUAGGUGGCAAGGGUGUAGCUCCACUUGGGUGUUUCGAUACGGACAGUGAGCUCGAAUCUCUACGAAAGUAUCAGGAUAAUGAAAUUGAUGAUCUUGUCCAUUCGCUCAACAACAACAUAACACUUUCCGACAUAGGAACGCUCGAUACCACGAGCACCGUUGCAUCAACGUCCAUGGAAAAUUUGCUCGACCAAGAAGGUUACGACACGGUCGAUCUUGCGCCAUCCGUAACUCGGGUGUUCCAUAAACCAGUAGAACGUAACCUUACUGUCGAUACAGUAGACGUAUCCGAACUUAUAAGUCAAGCGCCGGAUGACAGCCUAUCGGCUUCCUAUUUUUCGCCCAACACCAGUACUCCUUCGAGUAGCAAAUUGUCCAGUACCGGUACAGCUGUCAUGCGCAAUCUAAAGGAUAAGCUGCGAACUUCAUUCCGCAAGAGCAAAUCUUUUAUCAAGAAAAAACGCCAACGUAUUGCCAACUACCUCCAAGAGGACAGACCCGCCAGUAAGUCAUCCUCAACUAAUUCAUCAUGUGCCAACUCGCCUCCGAGAAGUGCUGUGUCAACUCAAACACCACACAGACAGGAUGGUCGUAGUCCUGAUCGGCGUAAAGCGGAAAACGAACAGGAUAUGUCAGACGACAUGUACCGCUCGUUCACGGAAGGAAGCAACAGCAUCAUUACAACCAGCUCAAUGAUGGAGCUUAGCAACCAGCACAUGAACGAACUGAUGCAACAGAUCAUCCGGCAAGGUGACGCGCGGAAGCAGCUAAAGCAAGCAGUCGCGAUCUGUCGUAGCACGCGCGAAUUCGAGUGUUCUCCCGAGCUGAUCGAAGCGGAACGCUUGCUGUUGGUUGCGACACAUAAGGAAACGACCGUGCGGAACGAACUGAACAAGAUCGAUUACCUGAGCAAUGGAAUGACACUGGCAGAGGGCAAGCGUGUGGGAACAGUAACGUUAAGCAACUUUGAGUUCCCGCUGAAGGAGACGGCCAUUCGCGAUACACUGUACAACUAUUUUUACGUCGUUGUGUGUACCCACAAGCACGAGGUUAAGGCUACGGUGGCCAAGGAGCGACACAGCAAUGGGCGCGUAUACAUCAGGGACUGCGCAAUCCAAUUCCAAAACCUGGACGCAAACUACGAGAUACGAGUGGAAGUGUUUGUCCUGCAGCUGCGCAAGAACGUAAAGAACUACAGCUUUGAAAGCCGGUACCAUCUAGACAAGGAUACGAAACGCCCACUCAGCUGUCCAUCUCCAUCGAAGAAAUUACGCGAAGCUGGACGCAUGCUCUCGUUCCGCUCAAGUCCAACAAAAACUUUCGAUUUUGAUAAUGAAUUUUCUCGUUUCAAAUCGCAAGGCUUUUUGACGCUUACCUUCUUCACAUUGCUAACGUCGAGCAUGGGUGAAGAUGAGGAUGAGGCAUGUCCAGAAGAAAAACAGGAUGCGACGUAUGUCACCGCUCGGACUAGUCACAACACCCAUACGACGACAAUGCUGGAAGACGAAAGUGAUACUGGGUCACCACUAGGCACCGGCGAUCGUUUAUUUUCGAGACCGGAUCACUUUCACCCGAUAGCGUGCCGCAGGGAGGAUCAGAGCGUGGUGUUUAUCGCGGAGGACUUCAAAUAUCUCACUCUUGACUCGAUGGCGUACACUUCGAACAUGGUGGGUACGAUCGGCAUGAACGUGCGUAGUGAGGUGCGAUUCGAGGGUUCGAAUAUGAGCGGAUUUCUGGAUGUGGGCGAGAAAAUGGAUGACAACGAAGGAAUCACUUGGAACCGCCGAUGGUGCAAGAUCAACGGGUUCAUGCUGGAGUUCUGGAACUACCCUCAGGAAUGCCAGGAAAAGAUUCCAAUACUGUACAUCGAUUUGGUUAAAUGCAUUAACGAUCGCAUUGGACUUGCGGACAGAUCGAUCUGUUCUCGGCCUCGAACCUUAAAGGUGGAAAUAUUUGCUUCCCGUGUAGCGGCGUCUGCGGCCAGUUGUAACAGCAGCGGCAUCGGUAGCUUCAAGAGCACCGGACGGACGACGAGCCCGAACUCCGUUGGAGAAACUGCUGGCUGCUCGUCUGAAAGUCGUGGACUUUUACGUCCCUCAUCCCCCAACGAACAGUGUCGGACGGCCAAUAACGUGAACGUUACUUGCUACUUCUUUGCGGCCGAUACCCAAAGCGACCUCAAAGGUUGGCUUAACGAACUAAAUCGCGUGGUAAAGUUUCUGAAGGAGUGGAAAAUGUAGGAGGCACCCGUUUCGCGUGCAAUAGGAUACCGGGGC